AUAAACAUAUCCCAGAAUCCUCAGCGACUGCUGCCCGCUGAUCAGCGGUUCGCUUCGAGACAAAUGUGCGCUGUUUUACAGCUGGCAACACUUUUACUGAACGUCUAUGUGUUCGCUUUUGUUUAAGAAGUCAUUUACAGUUCAAACGAAUAGUCUUUAUUGGUAUUCGGCGUGUUUUAGAGUGUCUUUCGGGGUUGUUAGCCGAUUAGCUCUUUAAAGAUGGCUGAUCCGUGGAAUCGAGGACAUGGUGCUGUGGAUGACAUGCUGGAUGCUGAUAACAGGCUGAUGGCAGAAAAUCUGGCCAGUAAAGUCUCUAGACUCAAAUCUCUGGCGUAUGACAUUGACAAAGAGGCUGAGGAACAGAACACCUACUUGGAUGGCAUGGACUCCAAUUUUCUCAGUGCAACUGGCCUGUUGACUGGAAGCGUGAAGAGGUUUUCCACAAUGGUACGAUCCGGCCGAGACAACAGAAAGAUCUUGUGUUACAUGUCCAUCGGUUUGGUUGUGGUCUUCUUCCUGCUGUACUAUCUAGUGUCACGGCUCCAGAACUAAUGGGACGUUUGCUAGUAUUUUAGAACAGUUUCUCAGUUCUAUGAGAAUAUUUGGGAUGCUCUGUUUGGUCCUCUCAUGAGGAGAUUACAGUGACGUGUACAGCAGAUGUCUUUCCGUUAAUAAAAAGAGGAAUGACUGUGGCGUGAGGAUGAUUUAUCACAUUUUCCUUUAUUUAAGCACACCCUUUGUUUACACUCUCAAAAGUGGUCUGUUCAGUGUAUAUUUUUAUUCAUAAUGGAAAGAAACAUGCCAUGGACCAAUAUUUGCUGUUUUAUUUCAAAUGAAUUAAAAGCAUAUAUAUUUUUUAU